AUGAAUUUUGACAAAAGACUGCGUGAAGGAACACCUGAAAACGGUAGUAAUUAUAGCCGACCCCAAAAGAAGACAAGCAAACCUCCAGUUGUUCAACACAAAGAGUCAGCGCUUGAAAAUGCAGAAAUUUCUCGGCAACGCUGCAAUAGUGGCCAUUCGAAAAAGAGUGAUAAUACAGACGAUCUAUUUGACCCUGGCCUGAGUAAGGAAACUCAUUUAGGCCCAGUGAGUUGUGGAAGUGGGCACAAACAUCCAGGACGCACGUAUGCUGCGGUAGAUAUUAAUGUGUCGGUUGACGCACUCUUUGCGUUCCUCUUCACGGAUUCACAGUUCUUCUCCGAUUUUUGUGAGCAUCGAGGAACAUUUGAUGUGCGACAGAAACCAUGGCCAGCCAAACCUUGGAUUGAUAAUGGAAAAGAUAUACAUCGAGAUAUCUCCUAUGUAUUGACGCUGAAGCAGAGGCUUGGACCAAGAACUUGUAGGGCUUUUGAAAGCCAGACAAUUCUGCUGAGUGAAACGCGUCCGGGUAUGCGCUACGUAGUAGACGCCACAGUGACUAAUGAAGCUGUUCCCCUCUGCAAUUCAUUCCACGUCACCACCCGUUACUGUCUCUUACGAUGCAGCACCACAGUUUCCCACCUCAUAAUCACUUCAGAGGUCAUCUAUGACCGUCCAGUUUUCUUUGGUGCCAAGUCCAUCAUCGAGAGCACUUGCCGAUCCAAUUUGACAGACAAUUUUACCGAUCUGGUUGACCACCUGACUAAGGCUUCACAGAAUCUCACAGAGAAAGAACGUAUUACUGGAGGCGCUCUAGCGCGUCCUUAUCGUCCUAAAGAAAAGAAAGGCCUCAUAAAUUUAGCCGACAAAAGUUGUCCCGGUAAUGGUAGUAUUAGUAGUAAACAAAGACUAGGGUCAAAGAUCAAUGAAAUUAAUGACCACAAAGAUUCUGUCCCCGAUUUGGUCAAUGGUAGUGCUAUUGGACACCACCAUCUUUCCACUCGUGGUCUAUCCAUUCCACAAGUCCUGCUGUGCCCGAAUGAGCAGUCUGAUGGAAGGUGGUUGUUUUUCAUGGCUAUUCUCGGCCUCUGUGUGCUCCUUUCUGUGGUCUUCAAUAGGUACCAUAAUGUGGAAAAGAUCACAGCAGAUCAUCUGGAAUAUACCGCCCGAGCCGCUGUAAGGCCAGGCUCUGCACCAACCUCCUGUUGUGAGGAGUUGGACUCUAUUCGAAUGCUCAUUGAAUCGUUUUCUGGAGUUCUUUCACAGGUAAAGCAAUUUUGGGCUGUUUAA